AUGUCGAAAGAAGAGCUACGAGAACUCGUAAAAGCCUGUUCUCAGCCUGAGCAGGAGCCGCCAUCAUGGGCCUCAAAUCCCUACCUCCCUCCGUCAAAUCUAGGAGACAUCACUCAGCGUAGUAUCGAUGUCUACUUCAUGUCGAAGCAGUCGAACGGCGAGAUGGGCGGCAUAGGCUGGUGGCAGUCGGCGAACGGAUACACCGCGGUCGCUCUACACGAUCUCUACUCCAACUCGAAGCGCAACUACGAAGUCCUCGCCACCGCGCUGCGUGAAUGCGAGAGACGCCAGCCGGGUUUAUUCAACGAGUUCAACGACGAUACGUUGUGGUGGGGGUUGUGUUGUCUGCAUGUGUACGAGAUUGGCGGAGAUGCUUGGUUCCUGGAAAAGGCGAAGGGUGUUUGGAGGCAUGUACAGGAUGUUCGAGGAGUUUGUCGACGUGGAGAGGCACAGUUUCGAGGUGUGGAUAUGGAAGGGGCUGUAUAUUGGAAGACGGACGAGGACUGUGAGCAGAUUAAUUCCAUUUCGACGGGGUUGUUUGCUGAGCUCAGUGUUCGUCUUGCUUUGGUUACGAAAGCUGCUCUGUCGAAAUAUCGUCUGUUCGGGUCUUUUUUUCCAAAUAAGGACGCCUCGGUGGAUGAGGAUGUUGAGAUCGCUCGAUGCUCAUUAGGCUGGAUACUUCGAUGUCGAUACCGCGCGGAUGAUGCCAUCGUCCUCGAUAACAUUAUGUUGAAACAGGAGGAGGCCCGAGACUGGACAUUUACUUACACAACAGGUGUAGCCAUCGGUGUUUGCGCACUCUUGUACGAGGUGACUCGAGAGGACGAGUAUCUGUCUCUGGCCUGCACGAUGGCUGAUAAGGCGAUGAAACGAUCUUCCUGGGUCGAAGAUAACGGCGUCCUGGCCGAACAUGGAGCGUAUGGCAAAGGCAACCACGAGCCGUGGCAGAACAGCGACGCUGUAGGUUUCAAAGCCGUCCUCAUGAGGCAUCUUGCGACAUUGUACGGCGUCGUUCGUCGGACCGCAUGUGUCGAGCGACAGGCUUGUGAGACUGCUGAUUUGAUCAAGACGUUCGUUAUCGUCAAUCUACAGAGUCAGCUGGAACGAAACACCAACGGGAAAGGACAGUAUGGCCCUUGGUGGAAUGGGCCUUUCGAGAUGCCGACGAGUCAUUCGCAGAUGGCUGUUCUGGACGUGAUGGCUGCCGCGAUUCUGGUGAACACAGCAGCAGACUUGGAUGCGACUGUAGCUGAUGUCGGGAUGUGGGCGGGCACCCGAAGUCUUCUGCAAAGGCCGGUCUUCGGGCUGCAAAUGGACGGCGCGAGACAGAAAGGAUGCUGGCGUCUGGGCAAAUACGAAGACGAACGUCUGCGCAAUUCGCGCAAAGAGUUGAAUGCAACAUGCGCGGGAAGUCGACUGUCCCGCGCCCUCAAAGGAUGUCUGUGGCGCGGUGAACCCUGA